GCAGAUGGGCGGAACGGAAUAAUAAUCCACUGGAUAACGAUGAAAAUCAUUAUGACUACGCUACCCUCUUUACCAGAUAUAACAUUUGCAAGGACAAGAACCAACCAUGUGAUACGUUAGGUCUUACAAGGACACGUGGAAUGUGCAACUUUCCGAACUCGGCAUGUGUUGGUCAAGAUAAUGGUUUGAUGCUUGGAAUGACACUAGCUCAUGAGACAGGACACAGUCUUGGAAUGAACCACGACAGAGGAGCGUGCCCUGAUGGUGUAAACAUCAUGGCGUCUUUACCGGCUGGGAAAAAGUCUGCUUUCUCUUGGUCACCCUGCAGUAAAAACUAUCUUCAGCAGUUUUUAAAUUCAGAUGAUUCGCGCUGCUUGGAUGAUAAUCCAACCAAAAAGAAUGUGAUAGAGACCAGGACGCUGGAUAAACCUGGCAGACUGUACGAUGCUGAUGAACAAUGCCAGCUGGCUUACGGCCAAGCUGCUAAGUUCUGUGGUGGAGGGAAGUUUCUGGACCAAAUCUGCGUGAAGCUUUGGUGUGAGGUACCUGGCGGAAGCGGAAACUGCAAGACGGCGGAGAUGCCGGCAGCUGAUGGAACACCGUGCGGAGAUAGUAAGUGGUGUAGGCGUGGUCAGUGUAUUCAGCUUGGUACUGAGGGCGCCGACACUGUGGAUGGUGGUUGGUCAGAGUGGUCCGCUGAGUAUUCUGACUGCAGUAGAUCGUGUGGGGGAGGGGUGCAGUUCAGAGAACGGAGAUGUAUAGCACCACGCCCCAAAAAUGGAGGGAAACGAUGCGAAGGAGAAGAAAGAAAAUACAGGCUCUGUAAUACUGCGGGCUGUUCAUCUGAUACACUGGAAUACAGAAACCAUCAGUGUCAAUUAAAGAAUUCUCAGCUGUUCAACGAUCAGUAUUACGAGUGGGAAUGGAAACCAUCAACUCUAAAGAGCAAGUGUGUUCUAGGAUGCUUUAUCAAAGGAACUGGGUUAGGUUUUGCUUUUGGAAAUGUUGCUGAUGGUACAGACUGUGAAAAGAAUUCCCUUGAUAAAUGUAUUGAGGGACAGUGUACGAAAGUGGGCUGUGAUGGAAUCAUUGGUUCCACAGCAGUUGUCGAUAGAUGCGGUGUAUGUAACGGAGACGGAAGUUCAUGCGCACCCGGUUCCAGGGAUAGUGUGGCAAGAAACACCACUAGCACAAAGAAGGCGGUCACUCCAGGAGCUGUCAAUCUUAUAACAAGCGCUUUGGAUUGGUUGAAGCGAAUGGGUUAUGAUGUAGAUAGGCGUGGACAAAUCGCUUCUCCCGAAAGCGCCACAAAAGACUCGCAGAAAGAUAACUUUUACUGGGCCGUUGUUAAGUCUGGCUGUAGUGUUUCGUGUGGUGGAGGCUCGGAAGUGUCCUAUGCUGAGUGUCGAAGGUCAGAUGAUGGUUCUCCAGUUAACGUAGAAAAGUGUGACUCUGGCUUGAGACCACCAAGAGAAACAGUCCACUGCAACUAUCAACCGUGCCCACCUGUCUGGAAACCAGAAGGUUGGGAAGAUUGUUCUCAGACCUGUAACGGAGGAAACAGAACCCGUGAAAUAAAGUGCAUGCAGGUAGCAGCUGAUGGUAUUGAAUAUGACGUUGAUUCCAGGCUCUGCUCGGAUCCUAAACCAUCCAUGGUAGAAGCGUGCAAUAAUGUCCCGUGUCCACCCGAGUGGGUGGCUCAGCCAUUUGGACAGUGUUCCACAAGAUGUGGGCGAGGUGUUCAGAAGCGAACAGUGAAAUGCAUGAGGGCUGACCACAGAGGUAACCUGAUGGACAUGGAGGAAGCACAAUGUGAUGCGACUCUAAAGCCACCGAUACAUGAAUACUGCAAUGUGCAUAAUCCUUGUCCUGGAGAUGACAAUUGUGGUGGAAACUUUACAACAGAUGUUGGCACUUUCUCCUCUCCCAGCUACCCGGCAGACUACCCGGACAACAAAGAAUGUGUUACUACUAUCACAGUCAACCCCAGCAAGGUCAUCAAGCUUAACUUUCACAGCAUGCAAGUAGUCUCCCCAGAAGACACAUCGCAAUCGGAGAAGUGUAAAGGGGACUUUGUAAAGGUUAUGGAUGGCGACUGUUCGGCAUUCAAAGCUGAAACGAGAUACUGUGGAAAACAGGAACCUGCUCCAUUCUUUUCCACCGGAAACAAACUCUGUGUUAAGUUCUUUUCUGACGAGUCUCAGACAGCUCAGGGAUUCAGUGCAAGUUAUGAGGCUGUAGAUCGACCAACUAACCCUGGAGAUCAGUGUGGUGCUACUCUGACGUCACCAGUUGGUUUGAUUACGUCACCUAACUAUCCAGAGCCUUAUCCAAGUAAUGAGGAAUGUAAUACCACUAUCAAAGUCAUCAAGGGACCAAUCAAAGUUGCUUUUCAAGCAUUUGACGUAGGAAAUGCAAAUUGCGAAGAUGAUUAUGUGGUGGUGGACGAACCCAUUCGAGGAAAGACAAGAAAGCUUUGCGGAAAUCAGAUCCCACAAUCAUUCAACAUUUCGUCAAACGAGCUCAAGAUUGCUUUCAAGUCAGCGGAGCGCCUUGGAAGACCCAAACCAGGAUUUGUAGCGACGUACACAUCAGGAACUACACCAGAUGAAUUACGAAAGUCAGCUGGAAAUGCAGGAAUAAAAACUUUUACUUCUAAACUAGAUCAAGGACUCUUGGCGGAUGCAGUAACUAGAGAACAUAUUCCGAAACCUUCUAGUACUGGGCUUCCGGCAGGGAUGGGAGUGGACUUCUUACCUGUUUCAAGACAAGACAGCAAAGAAGUCUCAAAGGAAGAAGGAGAAGACAUUGACGCUGGUAUCGGAGAGACAGACAAAGAGAAUAUCGAUGACGAUAUAAUAACUAAGCCCACUAGUGGUCUUCAGAGUGCACUUAGUCAACUCAACGGUGACUUGAGUGGCAGUGGUAGUGCAGAUGACCAAAAAAGCAACCAAACAGAAGCCAGUAACUCAACACUCGGCGGAGAGGAUGACGUACCACAGGAUAGUGGGAAACAGAACCAGACAGAAGGUAACCAUAGUGAUGAUGUCACAAAGGAAACAAUACCAGAGACCCAAGAAAACGCUGUUAAUGGAACUACCUCGAAUAGCACUAAUGAUUCCCAGAUGAACGAAAAUGCUGAAAAUAAAUCAACGAUCGAUGAUUUACAAACUUCAAAGAAUUCAUCGGCAUCAAAUGACCUAUCGUCUGUUCAAGACAUCCCGGGAAAAGGGCUGGCCGGACUCAUAAAACCCAUCCUCAACCAAGGGUCGUGUCCCCCAAUCAAGUCUCUAAGCUGUCUGAACCUACUCUAUUCAUUUCCGUGUUCCAAUGAUGAUGAUUGUAUCGAGAAUGGUAUGACAUGCUGCAACACCAAAUGUGUAUAUGGUAAAAAGAUGUGUAUUCCACGAGUUUCAGCAGUUUGUCCGCUUAGAACUCCAUAUUACACUGGAUUCCAAACAUGCAAAGACUCAGGAGAUUGUGGAACAGGAGGAGUGUGUUGCAUGGAUAUGGCAGGAAGGCACUAUUGCCAUCAGCUCAGCUCGGUUGAAUAAAAACCCUGUGAACGACAAAACGAACACAUGAGCUCAGCAUAUCAACAUCAUAAGAGCAAGACCUUUUUCCUUUCAUCACUCACGUUCUUUGGACACAUCAAUUCGGAAAGAUUUUAUGCGUUACCUCAAGAAAGAACACCUUUCGUCUUUCGUCGACGGCUUCAAUGCGACAGCUCAAUUUAUGAUUUCAAAUGCUCGGACACAAGCUGAAUCGUAACUCUGCUCAAUAUGUAUAUAAAAACCCAUAUUGCCUGUAGAAAAAUGAUGCUUUUUUGUAUAAUAAUUAUUUUCUGAACUCCAUUAAGAUAGCCAGGCGUGUCAAAAAACUAAUACAUACACUUCACUUCCAGGUUUAAAAAUUCUCCCUGUCUGCCAUGAAUUUCUUACAUUGAAGCAGAUCUGAUAAUCUGGAUUGUAAUCUAGCGGUGUUUAUGAGGCUUUAUUCUCAUCAUCUGUAUUCUUGACAUAGUAUUGAAAUUUUAGAGAGAUAUUACUUAUUGGUCAUUCCAUGGGCUGAAAGGGUUAAUAACGGAGAUUUGCAUCUGUUUGUCUAGUGAAACGAAGUCGUGCUCUAGCCGGUGCACAAGUUGGAAUUAAACAACUUGUCAGUAUAUAUACAUCUGAUAUCGCCGCGGGAUUUACCUUCAGUAUAGGUUUAAAUUCAUUGCGGCAAUUGUUAACGAGCUGCGCAUUUACUGGAUCACUAAAGAAAUUAUACAUAUAUUUCAAAUACAUAAGUAUAUUUUAUAUCAUGGUACAAAAAUUUUUUAAUGUGAAUAUAGUGUCACUAAAAUAACAUGUGAUAGACUGAUGCAGCUCCUAAGACGAUGAAACGAUGUUCAAUUCAAGGUUUUGACGACUACAAAAUCGUUUCCUACCGCUUUUUCGAAAGAAUCUUCAUUUACGAACUAAUUUCGUGAUAUAUUUUGCACAUAUAUUUAUUCACUUAUGGAACCAUGAUCGUAUCCACGAACCAUAAUCAUUUCUUUGGCUUUUACUUACUUAAAGAUGUAACAACGAGAUUUGAAGAUUAUGACAGUCAAAUUGAAGAUGAAUGAUUUCUACUAAUUUUCCAGAACUUUACAAAAAAAAUUGCAUUUCCUUCUCGAACUCAUUAAUUCUCUGUUUUAGAUAACGGUCUCUAAACCUUAAAAAGUUUCGUUCAGUUCUGAACCAUAAUAAAAUCUGAAAAGCAUACUGUUUCAAGGACGUACGAUAUUUUGCAGAUACGUUUUUGUAUCUGAAAAUUACGCUGCGCACGCUUUUCAGUCCAGGAAGGAGAAAAGUACAAAAGCUUCUUUAUUGCUUAAAAUAUCCGGCAAUGAUUUAACCCCUAAAACUAGCUGACCAACAAACAUUUAACACCCAUUCGGCGUAACAAAUAUCUAUCAUGUCGGCCAGUAACAUGAGGUAUGAUCACAGCGGGUUCAAUCUAUCGACGAUAACUGAUUAGUUUCAUUAAUUUUCAGCUAAUUUAAUUUCCACCUGUAUUUGUAAGUGUACUCGCGUAAAUUAAAGGUUUGGUCCCUUGCAAUAAUUCGCAUCACUUGUGAAGUAUGAAUGAUCAACAAAAAUGAUAAUAAAAAAGUCACUUUUUUUAAAGAA